GCGGAGGGCAGGGGUAGGAGGAGCCGGAGCUAGGGCCGGAUCGCGGCGGCUCUAGCGGAGCCCCCGAAGUUUGCGCUGCUGGCGGAGGGCGGCCCUCGGCCCGCCGCUUCCGGGGCUCCACCGCGCCGGGAAGAGAGGAGCGGGCCGGCGGGCGCCCAGGGAAGGGGGUGGUAGCCGGCGGGCCGAGCCGAGAUGAAGAAGCCGGACGGGAAGGUGGUGCUGCUGGGGGACAUGAACGUGGGCAAGACCUCACUGCUGCACCGCUACAUGGAGAAGCGCUUCCAGGAGACUGUCAGCACUGUCGGCGGCGCCUUCUACCUCAAGCAGUGGGGGCCCUACAACAUCUCCAUAUGGGACACGGCCGGACGGGAGCAGUUUCAUGGCCUCGGGUCUAUGUACUGCAGAGGAGCAGCUGCUGUGAUCCUCACGUAUGAUGUGAACAGCCUCCAAAGCCUGACAGAGCUGGAAGAAAGAUUCUUGGCGCUGACGGACAGUGCGAGCGCUGACUGCAUUUUUGCUAUUGUUGGAAAUAAAGUUGACCUCACCGAUGACUGCGCUUUGCCACCGGAUGAAAAUAGACCUGAGAAGUCUGUUGCCAGCUGCAGCUCGAAGGUGCGAAAACAAGUCUGUGCAGAGGAUGCGAUUGCGCUCUAUAAAAAGAUACUGAAAUACAAAAUGCUAGAUGAGAAGGAUGUUCCAGCAGCUGAGAAAAUGUGCUUUGAGACCAGUGCAAAAACAGGAUACAAGGUAGACUACCUCUUUGAAACUGUGUUUGACAUGGUAGUCCCAAUAAUUGUACGUCAGAAAGCUGAGGGACCACCGCAAACUGUAGACAUUACAGACUACAAGCCGGCAAAAAGGACAAAAUCUGGUUGUUGUGCCUGAAUCAUUUACGUAAUGUAAGAAAAGGGGAGGGAUUGUUCUCUCCAGCAAACUGAGGAGUGUCAAGUGCUUGCAGUUCACAAGAAAGGAAAAGUCAAAGAAUAAAUAGACUAAAAUGGUGUCUGUGGAAAAAAAGAAACAACCCAAAAACCAACCAGCCAAACAAAUCUGACCAUUAAAGGUUUCUGGGAAGCUCUGUGUAUGAAAAUGGAAAGUGAGUGAAAUUACAGAGGAAGACUUGCCAGUUUCCAGGGGAGUGGAUCUGAAGACAAAUGGUGUAUUAGUACAAUUGGUACAAAUGACAUUAACUUGAACAGUUUUGAAGGAGUCUGAUUUUUACUGACUUGCCAUUUCAUGUUGCAUGUAAAUGAUCUGUUUGUAUGCUCUCAACAGCUUUCACAUGAUUGUCAUCAUUCCCUUUGCGAUUCUGACUUUGGGAGAUUGAAAACACAACACUUUUUUAUUCUUGACAGAAAAUAAGAAAGAAAAAAAGAAAAUCCAGGUAUAAUUUAUAUCUGUAGCUAAUAAAUCAAUUACAAUCUUUUUAUGUCAGAUGACAGUGUAAGGCUUAAAAGCUGAACUAUUAAAAUCACGGUGGAUACGUA